AUGCAAUCUCAAAUUAACAAGACUUAAAUCCUAGCCAAUGUGAAGAAAUGUCACAAGAACAUUUCUAAACUUAAUGACAAAUUGUAUAUUCUACAAACGCUUAUUAAAAAACAUAAUUUCAACAUCGAAAAAAACACAGACAUGAUCAAAUCCAAGGCAAGUGAUAACCCAGUAGUCAUUAUAAAUGAUGAAACUAGCGUUGAAGUGAUUAUUAGUGCUGAAGAUCCCAAGCAGGAAUAAGCCAUUGAUAUUAAAUAGACUGCUCGCAAAUUAAUAUCACGAUUUUAUUAUCACAUCGAAUAAAAGAUGAAGCAAAGUUCCAUUAACCAAAUAGAAGCAUUAAAGUAAUUCUGUGAUAAAGAAUACAAAAAUGAUCUCUUUGAAAAGCUUCAUAAAGGAUUUUUUAAGUUAUAUUUUGAACAGGAUUAAAAAUGCAAAGAAUGCCAACAAAUCAUAAAGGACCAAUAAAAUUGUCUUAACCAUAUCAGAUAUGAACAUUUGGCUGAUCUAGAAAUCUAUAUCUGUAUCAAAUGUAAGUCGUCUUUCUCUAAAGGAGAUACCUUGGAGAAGCACAUAUCCCAAGCACAUAAUUAUGGGUAAUUGACUCAAGUGGAAACAAAGGUUGAUGCUUAACUAUUAUAAAUCAAACCAUCAAUUAAAUUAAAUGGAGUAAAGCAAAAGUUCCAUCAGAAAUUAGAUUUAAACAAUAUUAUGGAUAUUAUACAACCUCAACCUGCUCUAAAAAAGGUUCUAAUGCCCCCAAAAAACAAUAAUAACAGUUUGAGAUCAUCAUAGGAUGAGGCAAAGGAAUGUGGAUUUGUAUUUAAUUAGGUGUAUAUUCCUGUCGAAUUAAAUGCAGAGAAUUCAGAAAAGAAAGAUGAAGAAUAAAAGGAUCUCCACUCUAAUUCUACAAAAAAACCAACCAAACUUAAAAUUAAUUUCAUAUAAGUAUAAAAAAAUGAUAAUACAUAAAAUAAGUGA